ACCCACACCCACACCCACACCCACACCCACACCCACACCCUAAUUUUGUGUCAAAGCAGUUAACAUUGACUAACGCAACUAUUGGCACUUCCUAAACUAUUCACAUUUGAUGAGAGAAUACGAAAAGUAUUCGUUAUAAUGGGUUUUCACUUAUGUAAGAAAUAUUUCAACAGAAUUAAAUGGCAAUGACAAUUAUUCAUAUGAUCGAUGACUUCUAAAAUGGUGACUAUUAAUUUAGCAUUCAUUUCAUAUCAGUAAAAUAGAUGAAUUCAAUUGUCAGCAGACCUGGAAAAAAGUUAUGCAUUUAAUAUGUGAUUAUCGUUCUUUAAUAACAGGCGAUACAUCUUUUAGCAAGGAUAGAAAUUAAUGAGCAAAUUGAUUGGGUACUGAUAAUUCGUUUUUUAUAUGAUUUUUAAUCAUCCUCGAAAAUUGAAAACUGCAUAUUGAUAUAAAUAAAAUAACUGACAAGUAUAUCUGUGAUAUGGGUGAUUUCAUUUUCGUGCGAUUGUUGAGCAGCUCAAACACACAUGUUGUUUAAUAAAAACUCAGUGAAAUAAACGGUCCGAACUAUUACAAGAAUCAUGACCAAUCUAUCAUUGCAUCAUUUUUCAACGGUUGAUGUGUUAUCGACCUUUGUUUUAUGGUGUAUGGCGUCGCUGAACAGAAGUAUUGGGGGCAAGCAGACAUGAAAAUGUUUGUUGGUUUACCAUAGGAUCAUUGUUAGACAAAUAACUCAAAACUUUGAUCGCCUUGUUCGCGAAAUACAUGCACAAAUUUCCCGUGAAUGUUAUUCAAUAACUAUGCGAUUAUAGAUUACCACACUUAUUUUCGAUAUUUAUUUAGAAAUGAAUAAAAAUAAGUGAAUAAAACAAUUGGUAAAUAAAUAUUGAUUUAUUAUAACAUCUGUAAUCUCUUGCACGGACUGCAUGUUUCAGUAGCGAAUUCGAACUGCAUAUGAAUAAAACAUCGAUUUUGAGUAUUCAUGAGCUGUACGAUCUACAGUUGACACUUUUGGUAAAUAAUUUUUUUUUUCAAAAUGAAAGUGUUACCGGAACGUACAAUUGCUGAAUAAGAUUCAUUUAGAAUGCAAUCUCCAAUAAAUUUAACUGAACAUCUUCUUUCAUGGAAGUAUAGAAAGAAAUAUACGAAUCAAAUCGUUCGAAUCAUCCUACUGUUAUAUUAACUAGAAGAAAGUCGCCAAGUUGACUUGUAUGCAUCGAUGAGAUGAAUGUAAAUGAACACAGUUAUGCUCUAAAUAAUUCAUAUACUACAUAUUCAUGGUGUGCUCACUUGGCUUCAUCGUUAAAAGUUAGAUAAAAUCAUAUAUAAAUAAAACAAUUACAAUAAAAUUGUUCAUUUAUACCAUAGAAUGUUUAUUAUAUCAAAAAGUUGAGAGCUAUGUUUUCAAGUAGUUGCCAUAGCAGAACGCAACUUCAAUUAUUUUUAUUCAUUGUUCACGAUAUGUUCCACUAAGUGACUUAGUGUCAAUCAACGAUGUGAACGGAAAUAAAAAUAAUUGAAUCAAGAUCUUUUGAAAGACGUCAUCAUCAUUCUGUUGUCAUAUGGUUAAUCAAAACUUAUGAUUGGUACAAUUAGUUAGAUUUAAAAUGAACAAGAUAAUUGAAAAUAACAAUAUUCAUUAUUAUUCAUCUGCCAUGUGACAUGAAAUCAUGUCACUAACUAUAAACGCACUGUAACAAGAUUUAUUGCAUUUAUGCACAGAAAAUUAAUCCAGACUAUGUGACUACUCUGCAAUCGUUGGGAUAAUGAUAAAGUCACAAGUAUCACUGGAUUGUCAUAACAAUAGUUUAUCAUAAUCUUGCAACCUGUUAUUACAAUACACUGUCUAUGUUAUGUUCAAUCAGCUGACCGAGUCACAAUGUUUGCUUCGAAGUGAACAAAAGAGGUGAACAGAAGUGUAGUUAAUAAUGUUCGUUGUCUAUCUAAUGUUUGAUCAGUUGACCGAGUCGCAACGUUUGCUUCGAAGUGAGCAAAAGAGGUGAGCAGAAGUCUUAUGAGUAAUGUUACUUGUCCAUGCGAUGUUCGAUCAGCUAACCGAGUCGCAACGUUUGAUUGGAAAUCAGCAAAAGAGGUGAACAGAACUCUUAUGAGUAAUGUUCCUUGUCCAUGUGCUAUUCGAUCAGCUGACCGAGUCGCAAAGUUUGCUUCGAAGUGAGAAAAAGAGGUGAACAGAAGUCUUAUGAGUGAUGCUCCUUGUCCAUGUGAUAUUCAAUCAGCUGACCCAGUCGCAAAGUUGGCUUCAAAGUGAGCAACAGAGGUGAACACAAGUCUACUGAGUAAUGUUCUUUAUUCAUGUGAUGUUCGAUCAGCUGACCGAGUCGCAACCUUUGAUUCGAAGUGAGCAAAAGAGGUGAACAGAUGUAUCGUUAAUAAUGUUCCUUGUUCAUGUGAUGUUCGAGUAGCUGACCGAGUCGCAACGUUUGCUUCGAAGUGAGGAAAAAAGGGGAACAGAAGUAUGAUGAAAAAUGUUUCUUGUUCAUGUGAUGUUCGAUCAGCUGACCGAGUCACAAUGUUUGCUUCGAAGUGAGCAAAAGAGGUGAACAAAAGUCUUCUGAGUAAUAUUCCUUGUUCAUGUGAUGUUCAAUCAGCUGACCGAGUCACAAUGUUUCCCUAGAAGUGAGUAAAAGAAUUGAACAGAUCUAUCGUUAAUAAUGUUCCAUGUUGAUGUGAUGUUCAAUCAGCUGACCGAGUCGCAACGCUUUCUUCGAAGUGAGCAAAAGAAUUAAACAGACGUAUCGUUAGUAAUGUUUCUUGUUGAUGUGAUGUUCGAUCAGCUGACCGAGUCACAAUGUUUGCUUCGAAGGGAGCAAAAGAGGUGAAGAGAGGUAUGUUGCAUAAUGUUCCUUGUGUAUGUGAUGCUCGAUCAGCGAUCGAGUCGCAACGUUUGAUUGGAAGGGAGCAAAAGAGGUGAAGAGAGGUAUGUUGUAUAAUAUUCCUUCUCCAUAUGAUGUUCGAGCAGCUGACAGAGUCGCAACGUUUGCUUGGAAGUGAGCAAGAGAGGAGAACAGAAGUAUCGUUAAUAAUCUUCCUUGUCCAUGUGAUGUUCGAUGAGCUGAUCGAGUAGCAACGUUCGCUUCGAAGUGAGCAAAAGAGAUGAACAGAAGUAUCUUGUAUAAUUUUCCUUCUUCAUGUGAUGUUCGAUCAGCUGACCGAGUGGUAACGUUUGCUUUGAGGUGAGCAGAAGAGGUGAACAUAAGUAUCCUGUAUAAUGUUCCUUCUCCAUAUGAUGUUUGAUCAGCUGACCGAGUCGCAACGUUUGCUUUGAAGUGAGCAAAAGAGAUGAACAAAAGUAUCUUGUAUAAUGUUCCUUGUCCAUGUGAUGUUCGAUCAGCUGACCGGGUCACAACGUUUGCUUUAAAGUGAGGAAAAUUACUGAGGAAGGAGAUCAUGUUUGUCUUUGUGAGAAACACUAGUGUGAUACUUAAUGUUUUUUUUUGUCUACAUGAGCGAGUGUGGUUGAAAAUUUUGGGUUUUUCUUAAUAAAUAAUAUUGAAGAAUAGGGCCUGCCAGAUUUACUGUGGGUGUGGGUGGUGUGUGUCAGUGUGCGUGUGAGUGUGAAUUGGUGUGGGGUGUUGGAGUACUGUAUCUCUUCACCUGCACCCACACCCACACCCACCCACACCCACAUCCACAUCCACCCACACCCACCCACACAUACCCACACCCACACCCACAUCCACCCACCCUCACCGCACACACACCCACACCCUCAUUGAUAGAUAAUUUUCUUUAAAAAAUGCAGAUUUAACAAACAUCCUAAGUUAAAUAUCUGUUUUUUUUAAUAGAAUACCUAACUUGAGUGCUGUCAAACUUCAUUUUAUUUAUGGAAAACGAUGGAUUGAUGUAGAUACUAUGGAUGAAGAUCGAGGUGAUACAGCUCUACAUAUCACUUCUCGUAUUACGAGCAGUAAUAAUAAUCAAGUCUUGACAAUUAUUGAAAUGCUUCUCAAUGCUGGUGCUCAUAUUGAUUUUAUUAAUUAUUACGGAAGAACACCAUUGUAUGAAGCAGUAAUUACUGAUAUACGAAUUCUUUUACAAUCAAAGCAAACACCACCCCAACUGAAAUAUGUUUGUGCACCUCUUAUCAGAGAUUGCCAAAUGUUCAACAACUACUUUUGGUCUGAGCAUGUUUCAUUGUCCAACUUCGUACAAUUUCAUGGCAUUCCAAUGCUCAACAAUUUUAUUUCAGAAAAAAUUAAUAAUACGUCAUAUUUAUCUGAUGAUCAUCAAAGUUCAGAUGACUUUGAUUGGUUUGAAUGA